AGCACUCGACCUGAUUAGCUCCGAGCCUUUGCGAGAUCUGGGAGAGGAAGGUUCAGUUGUCGCGAGAGUGAGUCGUCAGUCGUCUGGCGGCGUGGCUGUGCACGUUGUUGCCCCGCUACCGGUCAGUCCCAGCUCCUUUCUCAGUUGCCGGGGUAUCGCUGAGGCCGUGGGCUCAUCGGGUCACUCGUAGGAAGGCUGUGCGUGCGCCAUGGGCAAAGCCAGGGGCAAGGCCCUGGGGAGCCAGGCCGGGGGCCGGAAGGCCAAGCCCCCCGCCAAACCCAACCCCUUCGAGGUGAAGAUCAACCGGCAGAAGUUCCAGAUCCUGGGAAGGAAAACGCGCCACGACGUGGGCCUGCCGGGGAUAUCCAGAGCCAAGGCCAUCAAAAAGCGUACACAAACGCUACUAAAAGAGUACAAAGAAAGGGACAAGUCUAAUGUAUUUACAGAUAAACGCUUUGGGGAAUACAAUGCUAAAAUAAGUCCAGAAGAAAAGAUGAUGAAGAGGUUUGCUCUAGAACGGCAGCGUAACAAUGAAAAGAAAAACAUUUAUAAUCUCAAUGAAGAUGAAGAAUUAACUCAUUAUGGCCAGUCUUUGGCAGAUAUUGAAAAAUUUAAUGACAUUGUCGAUAGUGACAGUGAUACUGAAGAAAGAGGAAUGUUAUCUGCUGAGCUAACUGCUUCCCAUUUUGGAGGAGGUGGCGGGCUCCUUCGCAAGAAAACAUCUGAACCAGGAGAGGAGGAAGAGAAACCAAAGUCACGCAAAGAACUAAUUGAAGAGCUCAUUGCAAAAUCAAAACAAGAGAAGCGUGAGAGACAGACUCAACGAGAAAAUGCCCUUGAACUCACUGAGAAAUUGGACAGUGAUUGGAAAGAAAUCCAGUUCCUGCUUUCUCACAAAACCCCAAAAUUGGAAAAAAAGGAUAAAGAAGAGAAACCUAAGCCUGAUGAAUAUGACAUCAUGGUCCGGGAGCUUGGAUUUGAAAUGAAGGCACAGCCCUCGGACAGGAUGAAGACUGAGGAGGAGUUGGCCAAAGAGGAGCAAGCACGACUCCAAAAACUUGAGGCUGACAGACUUCGCCGGAUGCUUGGAAAGGAGGAAGAUGAAAAAAUUAAGAAACCAAAGCACAUGUCAGCAGAUGAUUUAAAUGAUGGCUUCGUCCUAGAUAAAGACGAUCGGCGUUUACUUUCUUACAAAGAUGGAAAGAUAAAUCAAGAAAUAGAUGACCCUAAUGAGGAGGAACAAGCCCAAGAAGGCAGUGAAGAAGACAAUGAAAGGGAAGGGGAUGAAGAGCUGGAUACUGAGGAUUCAGAAGAAAGUGAUGCCCCAGAUAGUCAUUCUGACCUUGAAUCUAAUAUGGACAGUGAGGAAGAAGACAUUGUACAUGAGAAUCAAAAGAAAAAGCAAGUCCAGGCACCUGAAAAAAAUCCAAGUGAUGCAAACCAAAAAGCAAUGAGAGAAGCUGCUAGAUCUGAACUCCCAUAUACAUUUGCUGCUCCUGACUCCUAUGAGGAACUUAAGUCUUUACUCUCAGGAAAAUCAACAGAACAGCAACUUGUGGUGGUCGAAAGAAUUCAGAAAUGCAACCAUCCAAGUCUUGCCGUGGGAAACAAAGCAAAAUUAGAAAAACUGUUUGGCUUCCUCUUGGAGUACAUUGGGGAUUUGGCUACGAAGACUCCACCAGAUCUAAAUACUAUUGACAAGUUAGUUGUGCAGUUGUACAAUCUUUGCCAGAUGUUUCCUGAAUUUGCAAGCAGCUCUGUUAAAUUUGUCCUCAGAGACGUUGUGCAUGAGAUGGAAGAAAUGAUUGAAAUCAAAGGCCGUGCAGCAUUUCCGGGAUUAGACGUGCUCAUUUAUUUGAAAAUUACUGGAAUAUUAUUUCCAACUUCUGACUUCUGGCAUCCAGUAGUGACUCCUGCACUGGUGUGCAUGAGUCAAAUCCUGACCAAGUGUCCUGUUGUGUCACUCCAAGACGUUGUCAAAGGACUAUUUGUGUGCUGCUUGUUCCUGGAAUAUGUAUCUUUGUCCCAGAGGUUUGUACCUGAACUUAUUAACUUCCUUGCUGGGGUGCUUCACAUAGCAACUCCCAACAAAGGUGCUUCAGGUUAUACUCUGGUGCAUCCUUUCAAACCACUAGGAAGGAAUUCAGAACUGCUCCUUGUUACUGAUAAGGAAGAUAUGGACACUUGGCCCAAAAAAGGCCUCCCCCUCAGUAAAGUGAAUGGCUUAAAAGAAAUCAGUGAAACAGAAACAAAUCACAUCAGGUUAUCAUGCAUAUCUGUAUGUUUAAAUCUCAUUAAACGCUGUUUAUCUAUGUAUGGUACACUACCAUCUCUUCCUGAAAUAAUGAAGCCUAUCCAAGUCCUCCUUACUGAGCACAUUCCCAAGUGUGGAUACCCCAAAGAGCUGCAGGAGCUGUGCCAAAGCAUAUUACAAGAAAUGGAAAACCAAGAAAAAAAUUACCAACCUUUAGUAUGUGAAAAGAGCAAGCCAGUGCCUCUGAAGCUAUUCACACCCAAACUGGUGAAAGUCCUCGAGUUUGGAAGAAAACAAGGGAGCAGUAAGGAGGAGCAGGAAAGGAAAAGAUUAAUUCACAAGCACAAACGGGAAUUUAAAGGAGCAGUCCGUGAAAUUCGCAAAGAUAAUCAGUUCCUGGCUAGGAUGCAACUUACAGAAAUCAUGGAAAGGGAUGCUGAAAGAAAGCGAAAAGUAAAACAACUUUUUGGUAGCCUGGCUACCCAGGAAGGCGAAUGGAAGGCCCUGAAGAGGAAAAAGUUCAAAAAAUAAGUUUAUGAGCAGAAAAUAACUUAUUUUGUAUUUGUACCUAAGCCAAGACUCUUCCAAAUUUAGAGUGAAUUUUUUAUCCAGGUUCCCUGGAUAGUGCUGCACAGAUACAGGCUCUAAUGUACACAUUGGAGCAUCAAUCAAGGAAUCAAGUCAAUUCCUUAACUGUUAAACUAUAAGUGACUUUUGGUAUAUUUUUGUAGUUUAAUAAAACUUCAACCUGGAAGAAAACUAGCUAAUUUCUAACUGAGUUAGUGGAGAGGCUAAGUGAAGGUUUACCAGCAGGCCCAUUUCACUUCCGCCUCCUCCUUCUCAAGCGCACUCAGACAGAGCCCUUGGAAAGUCCAGAAUAGGGAGUGCAGUCCUGGUCUUCAGGGCCUUGGAGUUAUCCUUCAAAGCAGUGAUUCUCCGUGGGAAGCUGUAGGAGUUUGGACUGAGGUGGGCUGAAUGCUUUUGAAAGUAAACUCCUGAUGAUGACA